CGCGAUUUCAAACUGUUAACACCGAAUCAACAAGACUAGCAGAGAUAUACACAGCUUUUUAACAGGCAUGCCACCUGACGAUAAAAAGUUUCCACUAUAAAAUAAAAGGCAUGCUGAUACAAUACCGAGAUUAUCAUUUUUGAAAAACAUAUCGUUAAGCUAUGGCUGCUCCAGGACAAGAAGAAGAAGAGCACAAUUGUACAGAUAACUCGCACAAGCCACUCAAAACCCCAAGUGAAGGGGAAAAGAAAUCCCCGAUUAAAAGUAAAGACAAUAAAAAUACCAAACAGAAUAAAGAAAAUGCGACAAGAGUGGUUGUAGUGGCUUUAACUCCCGAAAGAAGACGCGAGACGUGGAAUAAAAAAGUGGAAUUUUUGCUUGCGGUUGUUGGCUUCGCUGUCGAUCUAGGAAACGUUUGGAGAUUUCCUUACAUUUGUUAUCAAAAUGGAGGAGGUGCUUUUUUGAUCCCGUAUACGAUUAUGUUGAUUUUCGGAGGACUUCCUUUAUUUUAUAUGGAAUUAGCCUUAGGACAAUUCCACAGGAGCGGUUGUCUUACCAUUUGGAAAAGGAUCUGCCCGGCUUUGAAAGGAGUUGGUUACGCGAUUUGCCUGAUAGACAUCUACAUGGGAAUGUACUACAACACUAUCAUAGGUUGGGCUUUAUACUAUCUCAUCGCUUCUUUCCAAUCAGAAUUACCUUGGACAUCGUGCCGAAAUGAGUGGAACACGCCAUUCUGCAAACCAGUUACAGAACUUUUUCCGAACGUUUCCGCUUCAAGUCCAGCCAGAGAGUUUUUCGAGAGAGAAGUACUGGAGCAAUAUAAAUCUGACGGCCUCAACAGAAUGGGUCCUAUCAAACCAGCUCUGGCCUUGUGUGUUUUUGCUGUAUUCAUUUUAGUUUAUUUUUCUUUGUGGAAAGGAGUCAGGAGCACAGGAAAGGCUGUAUGGAUAACUGCUCUAGCUCCUUACGUGGUUCUAAUUAUCCUGUUGGCUCGGGGCGUAUCACUACCUGGAGCAGCCGAAGGAAUACGAUACUAUCUCACUCCGGAAUGGGGCAAAUUAUAUAAUUCCAAGGUAUGGAUAGAUGCCGCUUCCCAAAUAUUCUUUUCUUUGGGUCCAGGUUUCGGAACUUUGUUGGCCUUAUCCAGCUAUAACAAAUUCAACAACAACUGUUACAGGGAUGCGAUUUUAACCAGCAGUAUCAAUUGUUUGACUAGUUUCCUGGCUGGAUUUGUCAUUUUCUCCGUUUUGGGUUAUAUGGCACAUGUCCAACAUAAAAGUAUUGAGCAAGUUGGAUUGGAAGGACCUGGUUUGGUGUUUAUAGUAUAUCCCGAAGCAAUAGCGACAAUGAGUGGCUCAGUAUUUUGGUCAAUCAUAUUUUUCCUGAUGUUGAUUACAUUAGGUCUGGACAGUACUUUUGGAGGCUUGGAAGCUAUGAUAACGGCGUUGUGCGACGAGUACCCCAAAGCACUAGGAAGACAUCGAGAAACAUUCGUUGCAGUAUUACUUUUUUGUAUAUACAUUUGUGCCUUGCCGACAACUACUUAUGGAGGAGUAUAUUUAGUCAACAUGUUAAAUGUUUAUGGACCGGGCUUAGCCAUAUUGUUCGUUGUAUUCGUGGAGGCGGCAGGUGUUUGUUGGAUAUAUGGUACGGAUAAUUUUGCCAGGGACAUCGAAAAAAUGAUUGGACACAAACCAGGAAUAUUCUGGAGGAUAUGCUGGAAAUACAUAAGUCCUGUAUUUAUAUUGAUUAUUUUCAUCUUUUCUUUGUUAAGUCACGAAGAGAUGUUGGGAACUGAAUAUCACUACCCAGAUUGGAGUUUGCAAGUCGGUUAUGUUUUGACAGCGUCAUCUAUCGUUUGUAUUCCUUCUUAUAUAUUAUACAAGUUCGCUAUUACUCCAGGAAAUCUCCUACAGAGAUGGAAAAUGAUUUGGCAGGCUGAACAUUCAUCUGAGAAUAGUACGUUGACGUAUUGUGGAGGUACAGAGGUGUGACCUGACGAAAUAUCAAAUUCAUAUACAAUCGAAUGGUUAGUUUAAGUCUAGAUUAAUAUUUGUAGAUAACUUUGUUUAUAGACGUAGAUAUUUUAAACUGUAAAUCAAUUUUUUUACUAGACGGAAGGACAAAUAUUUUUAACAAUAUAAAAAUUAUUUCAUUCGGCAUUUUAGUAUCAAUCAAAAACUGAAAAA